GCCAGUACAUCACAGAGCCUACUCCCAGGAAACACUAGUCUACAUCAUAAUCAUGGGUUGCUUCUGAGCAAUCGGGUUAAAGCACCUCACUCUUGGUACGAAAGAUGCAGAAGAGUUUUGUAUUUUUAUGUCUCCGUUCCAUUUCUUUUCCAGAAUGCAUCUGACAUAAUUGAAGAAACCAAAAGAUUUAAAAGAAGCUUUUCGGAUGAGAUGACUGCGAUGGACAAAAUCAUGGAGGCAAACGAAUAUCAAGCAGCUCCACCUAUGCCGGGAAUGAGCUUCAGAGAAGGUGACAUUGCUGUCUCAAAGGGACAAAGAUCGAUGUCCUGUUUUGCACGUAGCUGUCUGUGGCCCAAGUCUGUAGACGGAUAUGUCUAUGUUCCCUAUAACAUGUCAUCAGACUACAAUGAAAUUGACCGAAUGAUCAUUGAAAGUGGGAUGGAGAGUAUUUCUAACAGCACCUGUAUCAGGUUUGUGCCAUGGACACACCAGAGGAACUAUCUUAACAUCCAGCCCAUGUCUGGCUGUUGGUCCUUCCUUGGUGUCCACGGUGGAGCACAGACACUGUCCCUCCAGAAUCCUGGCUGCAUGUGGGCUGGCGUCGCCACUCAUGAGCUCAUGCAUGCCCUGGGCUUUCUCCACGAACAAUCGCGUGCUGACCGCGACAAGUACAUCACCAUCCUGUGGGGUAACAUCUGGAAAGACCGCGUGAGUAACUUUGAGAGAUACAAGACUAACAAUAUGGACUCUCCCUACGACUAUAGUUCCAUCAUGCACUUUGGAAAGUAUGCUUACUCUGAGGAUGGCGACCCAACUAUUCUUGCAAAAUCCAAUCCAGCCAUUCAAAUCGGCCAGAGGUUUGGCCCAAGUGCUGUUGAUAUAAUGAAGAUCAACAAGCUCUACAAAUGCGAUAAAGACUUGUAACAGGACAAAGCAGCAAGACAGAAUCUAACCCGAGGCCCACCCAUGAGACCUUAAAGAAGAGCUAGUAGCAGAAAAACACUAUCUUAUUUAGAACAGAGUUAUUAGAACAGUGCUAAAUUAUCAACUAGUCAAUAAAGAUUUUCAUGCCUCAUCUCAGA